AUAUAACAUGUGAAUAAAUAUUAUAAAAAUUAUUUAUUUUUAUUUCCGGUAAACAAAUGACAAAAUUUUUUGUUAUUAAAAUACACCAGUUGAUUAUUAUUAUCACUAGUUUAUUUAAAAAAUUAAUAACCAAAAAAAUAUGUUGGAUUUAUUUUUGAAAUUGUAAUUUUUUAAAUUUACAAAUUUUUAAAAAAUAUGAGAUAAGACAGCUCAGCUUGACCAUGUCAAAACUUUGACACAUUUAAAUUUAAAAAAAAUAAAAUUCUUACAGCAAAAAAAUCAGUAAUUAAUUCGACAUGUAAAUUUGAAGUUAAAUUUUUUUUAUAAAAUCAAGUUGAGCUCUUUUGUCUUGAAUAUUUUUUAAAAUUUAAAUAAGUUAUUUAAAUCGAAAAAAAAAAAACGGCAAUGUUUUUUUUUUUUGCUUGCAUUUUGAGUUUUUGUUUAAUACAUAAACCCAGUGUGCCUUACUGAAAUACAUUGACAUAAUCAUAAUUAAUUUAAUUAAAUAUAAAAUUUUAAAUAUGUGUUGUAUUAAUAAAAAAAAAAAAAAAUAAAUGAAUAUUUUCUUGUUUUUGUAGCUAUUUUAAAUGAGAGCUACAAAUAAAUUUACAAUGUCUAUGGAAGAUGAAGUUUUGGACAAAAGUAUUAUUGCUACAAUUUUUUUUUUUUCUUUGGCUUUAUCUCUGUGGAGUUUUUCAGUCGUCAACUGAAGAAGUGAAUGCGCUUGUCCGGGGCUGUGGUCCACAAGUCGAUAUUUUAGCCAGGGUAUAUCCUACUGUUGAUUCACGAAAUAAAAAAUUGUGCGCAUUCUCAUAAAGAAAUCUACGUUACUACCACAAUAAAUUUAUAUUUUAUUAUUAUUAAAAUUGUAUUUAUCAUUAUUUUUAAUUUUUGUUUUAAUAUUGUUAUAUUAAAUUUCAUUAAUUUAUGAUUUUGUUGUAUUAUAUAAAAUAUAAAUUACUUUGUAAAAUAUUAUUAUAAAUUAAACAUAAUAAGUCAAAUUGUAUAAUGAUUAUUUUUACAGCAAUGAAAACUUCAAGAGUAUUAUAAAAGAGAUAAUUAUAAUGCUUUUGUUUGUACAAAAAAAAAAGGCAGAGAUACAAAUUCACCCCUUAUUUUGAUGUUAUGAAAUACGGAUAAAAAUGUUGAGGCUCGGAGUAAACAUUUGACAAUUCAUAAUCCUGAAGUAGUCAGGAAAAAAAAACAGUAGAGGUUUAUAUGUUGUUGACGCAAUUGAAAAUACAGAGUAAGCUUUUUAAAGGAUUUGAAUGUAACAAAAAAAUAUAAAAAGAACAAAGAUACAUGAUUCCUGGUAUUGAUUUCGUCUCGAAUGUUAAAUCCAUGUGAGACAGGAAGUUUCCAAACAGUCAAAUAGCCUCACAGAGUCACGAGAACGGGGCGUGGAUUGUUGAUGAGUCAAUGCGAAAAUAAAGGGUCGGUUUUUCGUCAAUCGUAAGUUCAAGCUGCUACUUCGUUUGUUCAUUCAUUCACAAAAAAAAGAAAAAUCCAGAAAUAAAUAUUUUAUACAAUUUCAUGUCCAUGAUAAAGCUUUUUUUUAACCACAAGUUGAUAUGUAAUAAUAAUUUAAAAACAAAGCGCGUUUUUAUUAAAACGCCAACUGGUGAUGAUACUGACAACCAACAAAUGUCAUAAUAAAUGUGUGUAUAUGUAUACAUGUAGCUUCAUAAUGUUACAACACAAUUAUACUCCUUCCAAGUUGAAAAGAAGCGGUCCAAUGCGCAUUCUCGUUUCUUGUGUAUUUAAUAUCAGUCUUUCCGGCACUUCAGAACCUACAGUUUUUUACAGUACGUCAGGUAGUGCUCAGAUGACCACAUUACCUGUACAUUUUAAUAAUUAAAAUACAAAAAAAAAAAUAACAUAUUUUUUUUAUAAAAAUUUUUCAUUUCUAAAAGUGAGUUUUACUUUUUUUUUUUUUUAAUUUAAAAAAAAAAGUAUUUUUAAAAUAGUGAAAUAAAAAAAAGUUUUGUUAAAUAAACAAAGUGUUUAAAAGUGGCAGUUUUAUAUAUAUUUUUAAAAAACAAGUGAAAAGAUUUAUCGAAACAAUUUUUUUUUAAAUGGUGUAAGUCAAGUUGGUGAUUGAAAACGUAUGGAAUCGCCCCAUGGAUAAUAACAUGUCAACUGCAUUUAUGCAAAGAUCUGGUGGUUCAUCUAGUGCAUCAAGCACAGGAACAGGGUCGUCGUCCGGAGGUGGCCCAGGCAUUGGUAAUGCUGGUGGCAAUAGAAUGGCAGUAAUUGGAGUUACGAGAAACGUUCGACUGAGACGUCGUGGUGCUUCCGGUUUUGGUUUUUCCUUUCGUGGUGGACGUGAACAUGGUGCUGGUUUUUACGUUAGUGAAGUUCAACCAGGCGGAGAAGCCCAGAAAAAUGGCCUCAGGGUUGGUGAUCAAAUAUUCAGAGUAAAUGGAUAUCCCAUAGAGGAUGCUUUACAUCAUGAAGUUGCACUUUUGGCAAAAAAACAACAAGUCUUGGUUUUAAAAAUUCGAAGUGUUGGCAUGAUUCCAGUAAAAGAUAAUCCAAAUGAUCCAGUAACAUGGCACAUGGUUCAACAACAACAGCAGCAACAGCAACAACAACAACUUCAGCUACAACAACAACAACAGCAUCAUCAACAACAAUUGCAAUACAGUGAAACAAAUGCCGAGACAAUUCCUUACAAUGAAAUACGUAUAAGAAUAAUGAUUGGUGAAAAAGGACGUCUUGGUUGUGGUGUUUGUCGAGGUGCUGUACCUGGAUUAACUGUUCAGGGAACAAGAGAAGGUGGUCCAGCUAGAGCAGCUGGUUUAAAAGCUGGUGAUGUUAUUAUUUGGUGUAAUGGUCAACGUUUAACUGAUUUACCAUUUGAAAAAGCCAUUGAACCAAUGAGAAGUGCAGCUGUUCUUGAUCUUGUUGUUAAUCGUCCAAUUCCAGUUAGUAAUGGUCUUUAUGAUUGUCCAGAAACACUUUGGAUGCGUGGAUCAAGUGGUUAUGAUUCAGAAUCAUCAAGUUUAGGACCAACAAGUCCACCACCAUUACAUCAAAAUCCACCAUCACCACAACAUACAAUUGGUUCACGUUAUCAACGUGAUAAUAAUGCUAUCAAUAGAAAUGGAAGACAAUGCUAUCAACAGGCAAUGUCAACAAGCAGUUGUUCAUCCUCUGAAUGGAGUCAAUCAUGUGAUCAGGCAUCAGAAUGGACACGUAAACCAAACAAUACAACAGUCAUAAGAGUUAAUCAAAAUUAUAAUCAAAAUAUCAAUCAAAGCCGUGGUAAUAUUGGUUAUUCAUCACAUACAGGAUAUCAUGGUAAUUAUGGUAUAUCAAAUGAGGCAAGAAAUGAGCCUCUUUAUGAUCCAGUACCGCCAACAGACUAUGAAUGUCAUGACUUUGAUGCCAAUCCACUUGAUGAAAGAAAUCGAAGAUUACACGAUGAAAAAGAUAAUGGCAAUAGUCAUUAUAAUCCAUCUGGUGAUGAUAGAAUUCCUUAUAACAAAGAUAAUGGAUAUUUAUCGAAUCAAUUAAGACAUCGAGAUAUAGAAAAAAAAACUAUAACAACUGUUGAAGUUCAUCAAAAUUCUGGUUCACCUGCACCACCCUGUCCACCGCCAAUGUCAUACAAAUGGCAAACAGAUUCAAAACCAAUGAUGGUAAUGAAUAAACAAAUGGGUAGUACAGUAUCAAUGGGUAGUACUGGUUCAACUGAAACUGAAUCAAGUCUUGAAUCAUGUGGUAAAGAUUGUGCAUCAACUUCUUCAUCAUUAUCAACGUCUUCUUGUGAACCAGCAUCAUCAACAGUAUCAUUUGCAUCGACAAUUGUUCCACCACCAAUUAAAUCACCUGAGCUUGUUCCAGUUUGUGCUCCAGUUGUUCCAGCUAGUCGUCCAUGUCAACCAGUAUCAAAUACAGAUCUUGGAUCUGCUAUUGCACAAGAACUUCAAAGACGUGCUCAACAGAGAAGUUUAAAUGCAACUAAAACUGAUGUAGCCAAGGAAAAACCAUUGUUUGAACAAAAAAAAAUACAAAAUCCAGAAAGCUUGAAGGCACAUGCAGCACAUGACAAGUUAAUGGAGGAGUUUAAACGGGCACAUCAAAAGAUGUUUAAUAAUAAUCAAAAACCUCAGUGCUCACAAAACGAAAAUGAUAAGGAUCAAGAAAAACGUACAAAUGGAAUAGUCAGUAGUGGAAGUGGUGGUCCACCACCACCACCAUUACCCCUUCCAUUAUCACCAACACAAAAUAAGGAUGAUACAGUUGAAAUGCAAAGUAUUGAAUCAUUUAAAUUGAAAAAUAGUCCAAGUUCAGUUAUUCCAAAGCCACCAUCAACAUAUUUUUUAAUAACACCAAAUACAUCACCAUCAACAACACCAACAAACGGUAGUCCACGACAUCCAAUACCACCAAUUAAACCCAAUAUGAAUGGAAAUAUUAAUAAAGAAAUUACAAAUAAUCAAGUGCCAAUAAUGGAAAAAAAAAGUAUAACUAAAAUUGAUAAUAAUAAUACACAAUCAUCAGUAACAGUGUCAUCACAAGUUGGUAAAAUUGCUGUUAAAAUUGGUACAUAUGAGGGUGAAUUAAAACAACCGUCUAGACUUGAUUUUUUACCACAAGGUAAAACAGUGAUAGAUUCACCAAAACCAGUUAUACUUGAGGAAGUAUCAAAUGGCCCUGUUGUUUCAAGGCUUCAAAAUGAACUUGCUGCUACAUUACAACGUUCAAAUUUAAAAAAAAAAACUGAAGAGGAAAAUGUAAUCAAUCCUCAGUCACCAACAAAAAUUGUCACGAGUCCAACACAAGAAAGACCAGUUUCACUUCUACAAAGUAAUGUAGAAAAGCUAGCAGCUGCUUUGUCAAAUCGUGUAACCAUUAAAAUUAAUCCAGAGAAUGGCUCACGAUAAAUGAUAUUAUUACUAUUAUUAUUCAUCAUAUCACACCGUAUAAAAUUUGCAAUUUUAUUAUUUAGAAAAAAAAUUUAAAGACAAGAAAAUAACUGCCAGUAUAAGAUUGAAGAUUUUAAUAAAAUUGGCUUUUAUUUUUUAUUGUGGAAAAAAAAAAACAUUCGCAUUUUUUCUAUCCAACGAAUUAUCUUAUUGUAAUCUUAUUUAUAAAAUUAAAAAAAAAAAAAAGUAAAAAAGAAA